AGAGAGAGAGAGAGAGAGAGAGAGAUGGGAUUCCUUUACUUGGUUCAAGCUCUUGGCAUAGCCACAAUCUUGUUUCUUCUCUUCGUAUUGUGGAGGGUAUUGUAUUCAUGUUGGAUUUUGCCUAAUCAGGCAUAUAACAAGCUUAGGAGAAAUGGGUUUGGUGGUCCAACCCCAAAUUUUCCCCUGGGAAAUAUUGGAGAUAUGAUGACUAAGAAAAAAACCACAAAUACUUCAUCACCAUCUUCAGAAAUCUCCCAUGAUAUCCAUCCUACCGUGUUUCCCUUCUUUGCUAAUUGGCAGAAAUCUCAUGGGAAGGUGUUUAUAUACUGGUUAGGCACGGAGCCGUUUCUGUAUAUUGCGGACCCUGAGUUCCUGAAGAAGAUGUCUGCAGGUGUGAUGGGAAAGAGCUGGGGAAAGCCCACUGUGUUUAAGAAUGAUAGAGAGCCUAUGUUUGGUAAUGGUUUGGUUAUGGUUGAAGGAGAAGAAUGGGUUCGCCAUAGGCAUGUUAUCACUCCUGCAUUCACUCCUGCCAAUUUGAAGGCUAUGUCAAGCUUAAUGGUGGAAUCCACAACAAACAUGCUUGACCGCUGGACCACCCUCAUCACCUCCGGCGCACCGGAAAUCGACGCAGAGAGAGAAAUCACGAGCACCGCCGGCGAAAUCAUCGCGAAAUCGAGCUUCGGUAUUGGCUACGAAAACGGGCGAAAAGUGUUCGACAAACUCAGAGCAAUGCAACUCAUGCUCUUCAACUCCAACAGAUUCGUGGGGGUCCCAUUCAGCAAGUUCAUGUCCCCCAAACAAACCCUAGCCGCCAGAAAACUCGGGAGGGAAAUCGAUUCCCUUCUGACCGAAAUCAUAACCGCCCGGAGGAAAUCGAAUUCCCUCCAAGCCGACGACGGGAGGGGGAAUGGUUUCCCUCAGAGCGAUUUGCUGGGGAUUCUGUUGUCGGAAAACCGGGUGGACGGGCGGCGGGGCACGGCGUUGACGACCCGGGAGUUGGAGGACGAGUGCAAGACAUUCUUCUUCGCCGGGCACGAAACGACGGCGUUGGCGCUGACGUGGACGAUGCUGCUUUUGGCUGAGCACAGGGAGUGGCAAGAUCAACUUAGGGAAGAGAUCAAAGACGUGGUUGGAAAUAGAGAGAUUGAUGCCACCAUGCUUGCUGGUCUAAAGAAGAUGGGAUGGGUUAUGAAUGAAGUUCUAAGACUAUAUUCACCGGCACCAAACGUACAAAGACAAGCGCGAGAAGACAUCAAAGUGGACGACGUUAUUAUACCUAACGGAACCAACAUGUGGAUCGAUGUUGUAGCAAUGCACCACGACCAGACCCUUUGGGGGGACGACGUGAAUGAGUUCAAACCGGAGAGGUUCAGGGACGACUUGCACGGCGGGUGCAAGCACAAGAUGGGGUUUUUGCCAUUUGGGUUUGGAGGGAGAAUGUGUGUGGGUAGAAACCUGAGCAUGAUGGAGUACAAGAUAGUGUUAACCCUGAUUCUCAGUAGGUUUUCCUUCUCUCUCUCCCCAGGCUACUGCCAUUCUCCCUCCAUCGUGCUCUCCCUUAGACCUACACAGGGGCUGCCUCUAGUACUUCAACCUCUUUAGUUUUAGUUUUUCCUUUGUCUUCCAUCAUGUAUCUCAAGAAACAAUUAGUUAGCUAUUUUUAGUUUAGCUGCUCCUCCAUUGUAGAGCAGAAAACAAUAAUACUUUUACAAGAAUGUUAGCAAAGUUAAGCGAAUCGUCCACAUACAGCUUAACGAUUUGUUGUAUCAAUGAUAGUUAAUUCUUACAUGUCGAUAUUGUCCACAUACAGCUUGAGGAUUUAUGGUAUCAGUGAUAGUUAAAUUCUUACAUGUCGAUA